AUGCUCUCCCUCGCCACUCGCACCGUUGCUCGUCGCGUCUCUGCUCAGCAAGCGCGCACCAUCACCACGGCAGCUGCCAAGGCAUCGACGACUGCGCAACAAGCCGCACCCACAAACUCAGCCAGCAUCACCACUCAGGCUGCAUCGAUUGCGCAGCCAGCACCCGUUGCCGCAACCCGCAACUACGCCGGCAAGGUCACCAUGCCGACAAGGUGAGCAUAAUAAUUCGCCUCGCCUGCCCUUUUCUCCGAUGAAUGUCGACUUCAGCAUUCGAAGCGACUCGCUGACCCCAAUUCCUUGCUCCUUUUUUCUCCAUUGCUACCCAUGUCUAGACAAUUCUCAACUCCAGCUUCCGAGUCGAUGCCCGGUCUCAGCCAAUCAGACGCUCGCCCUUCCAAGUUGGCAGCACAGCGCAUGGCAGAUGCCAAGGCACUCGCUGGCUUCUAG